AUGGUGGGAUACACAGGGGAUGGUGUAUCGCAGUGCACAGAUGUGAACGAGUGUCUUGUUGAUUACGGUGGCUGCAGAAACAGAGCAACAUGUAUCAACAGUAAGGGGUCUUUCUCUUGCGUUUGCCCCUCAGGCUUUCUUCUAGUCAAUCGUACCACCUGCCAGGACAUAGAUGAAUGCCAGCGACCUGAAAAGGCUUGUGGCAUCAAUGAGCAGUGCUCAAACAUGGAAGGGUCACAUUCAUGCCAGUGUAAAACAGGCUUCAGUCGAAUCACUGACGUUUUAGACUGCUUUGAUAUUGAUGAAUGUGAACAGCAGAAACCUUGUCACCAGAAUGCCACAUGCUUGAAUUUAGCAGGCUCCUUUUCAUGCACCUGCAAUCAUGGGUUCUCAGGAAAUGGCAUUACAUGUGAGGAUAUAAAUGAAUGUUCAAUUGUGGGUAUGUGCCAUCUACAUGCCACCUGCUACAAUUAUCCUGGUGACUUCUUGUGCAUAUGUCACCAGGGCUUUACAGGAGAUGGUUCUACCUGUACAGAUGUGGAUGAAUGUGCCCUUUCAAAUAAUACUUGCCCAGACAUCUCUGUAUGUGUCAAUUCCCCUGGAGCGUAUGUCUGUUCUUGUCUGAAUGGCACAGUAGCAUACAACAACACUUGUGUUCUCCCUAGUCGUGAAUGUGAUCCUGCCUGCCAUCCACAUGGACUGUGUCAUCCUUCACCUUCAGAGCAUCAGUGUGUGUGUGAUGUGGGAUUCAAAGGGGAUGGACUCACUUGCUCAGACAUCGAUGAAUGUGAAGAGAAUGUGUGCCCAAAGGAAGAGACACAGUGUGUCAAUAACCCAGGAUCCUUUGAUUGCAUUUGCAAAGUGGGUUACACUCUUAGCGGAACAGAAUGCAUAGAUGUGGAUGAAUGUGAAUCUGGAGUCAAUAACUGCAGCAAGUUUGCACAGUGUGCCAACACAAUCGGCAGUCACCUGUGUUCCUGUCUCAACGGCUUCACUGGUGAUGGAAAAAACUGCUCUGAAAGUGGCCUGUAUCCAUUUGGAGAGGAAGCAGGUGAUGCUGUGUUGCCAAAGACAGAGGCAGAUGGAAAUUCUCCAUACAUCUCUCCUCCUGCAGGCUUUCCAUUCAUGGGCAAAAUAUAUGAGCGGCUGUUUUUUUCAGAUAAUGGCUUGGUGCAGUUCCAGUCGGUCAGUGAGAAUGAGAAACUGUUGCUCCCUGCUCCAUUCCCAGAGGGUUUCAAUGGUAAUGAGGGCCAUCCCAUGCUGGCUGCGUUCUGGGACGAUGCUGACCUUACCCUUGGGGAUGGAAAACUGCUAUACCAGGAAUACAGUCUGCUCAAUGUAUCUGACAUCUAUGCUGAGGCAAUAUUUCAACGAACAGCACAAGAUGUUAGCAAAUUUGAGACUCAAAGAGGCAAACCCCCCUUUCCCCCAGCCUGGAUACUGAAAAUCACAUGGGAUCACGUUUUGCCUGUGUCCUAUCAAAAGAUCAACUUCUCUGAGACCAACACCUUCCAGUGCAUUCUGACCACAGAUGGUCUACGUUCAUUUGCUCUGCUCCGCUACAGUGACAUGAACUGGGGUCCAGGACAGAGGACCGAUCAUAACGCUCUUAUAGGCUACACUGAUGGCAAGAGCAACUUUCACAAUGAGAUUCCAAAGCCACCAGACAACCUGUUUGGCCCAGGAGGGCGUUAUCGACCCCAGACUGCCGUGGGUAACACAGGCAAACUGGGGCAGCUGGUGUAUGACCUGUCAGGCUCUUCUGAAGCCAGCUCGGAUCCUCAGAGGCAGUGCCAGGUAUGGGCCUUCAAUGAGCCAGAUCCUAAAGAAUGGGCAUUAGGACUGGCACCAUGUCCCUGCACUAGUGUUCAAGCGCAGGAAGACCUGGCUUUUAGCCUUGAGACUCUCCCAUCAGAACAGAUGGCACAAGCGAGGGAUCUGAGAGCUCUUAGGUGGGGUGGUAGCAGGGGCCGUGUCUUUCAGUCUGUCCUGUAUAACAAACAAAAGGCAGGAAAGAGAUGUGUAUAUGAUCCAGAGGGCCCCCUGCUGGCUGGAUACAGUGAACGGUACUUUACUGAGGACAAGAUGCAACAACAUAUAGACAAGGAUCUUUUACCCUUCCAGUGGUGCUGUGUUCAGUCUUCUCUGUGUGACAUUUACUUGGCAAAGAGACCACUUGACCGGUGCCAAGGGUACAGUUGGAACAGCUCUGACAGCAGUAUACCUGGGAACCGGGGAGCACCAGGCAUUGGCAUGGUAUACGGUAGUCUCCACUUUAUUACCUUUGACGGGAGUGAGUAUACCUUCAAAGGUUUGGGGGAGUACGUUAUAGUCCGUCUCUCCUCCAGCACGGGAUCAAACAUCUUCACCCUGCAGGGACAAACAGAAAUUCUAGUGGUCAACUGGCAGCCCAAACUUGUGCCUGCUCUGGUACGAUUAGCCGCCUUCUAUCAGGGUGCUGGAAAGGUGGAGUGGCGGUGUGCUGAAUCUGGUGAUGGACUUAAGGUCUUGGUUAAUGAUGAGGCCAUUCCUGUGUCUGUUGGAGUUGUGCAUGUAAACGAGCGGGGCUUUGCAGUGCGCUGUACCACUGUGAGCCGCUGCGCAGUGGUGUACGGUGAGGGCCUGUAUGUGCUCGUGUGGAGAGGCAAUGCUGGGAGGCUCAGCGCUCUGGUGGAGGUCCCGCAGAGGUUCUACAACCGUACACUGGGUUUGCUGGGACACUGGAGCUCCAACAGGACCGAUGACUUCCUGCUCUCCAAUGGCCGUAUGGUGCCUUCUCUAAACAACAACGUCCCCUCUGAACAGAGUCUGCUUCCCUUUGGACAGUCAUGGGCAGUUCCUGCUCCAGAGAGUCUUCUGUUGUCAGAGCCUCCUAGUGCUCCAUUCAGUCCCGUCAUGACAGAGCAACUGAUGUCCUCAGUGAGCCCAGACUUGCUGGCCAGACACAGUCAGAACUGCCAGAGCAACAUGCAGUGUGUGCAUGACAUCCUGGCCACAGGAAACCCAAUCCUCGGCCAGGAUGUUCAGAAAGAUCAGCAGCAGCUUCGGAGCCAAGCGCAAAUUUACGGAAACCUGCCACCCAUUGUGACAGAGCCAUUUGUUAUUAUGUGUAAAGUCAAUAGUACAGUUAGAGUUCAGUUCAAGGCCCAGGAUCCAAACAGAGACCCAAUCACCUUCUCCAUUGCCUUACCGCGCUCUCCACGGGUCACCAUCGGCAGCGGUGAUGGUAUCUUCACGUGGACCCCUUCUGGUAUUCAGCCAGUCAAUCUGACAGUUCAAGUGAGCGAUCAAACAUCCAGCUCCAUGAUCACCCCUGUUCUGCAGCUCUGUAACUGUAUGAAUGGAGGAAGAUGCCAGUACGACAGCGUGGUUGAGAACCAUCUGCAGGGAAAGUUUCAGAUUGUGGGAUGUCUUUGUCCAUCGGGUUUCAGUGGCAAGUACUGUGAUAACAGAGUAGAUGUGUGUAAAGGCAAACCCUGUUUUCCUGGUGUGGAAUGCAUAAGACAGAAAGAAGGAGACCUGUUCACAUGUGGACCGUGCCCCCCUCCGACUGUAUACCAGGGCAAACAAGGAUACAAGUGCUUUGAAAAUGACUUCUGCCUCCCUCCAUUCCCCUUCCCCUGUCAUGAGAUGGCAGACUGUACCAGCACUGGCUACAACUACACAUGUAAAUGUAAGCGUGGCUACAGAGGUGAUGGAAAACAGUGUGAAGAUAUUAAUGAGUGUCUGGCCCCCUCGGCCUGUCCCAAUGCCAAGUUUGAAUGUGUGAACAUGCCGGGAUCAGUGCGCUGCUCAUGCCGUUAUCAGAAGACCAAAGAUACCGACGGCUGUGGUGACUCUGCUAAUCCUACAGGAUGGAACGUUUUUAACGUAUCCAUGGGCUGGGGAAAUCAGGCAUCAGCACCAGGACUGAGUAAGCUGGAGCAGAUCCUAUCACUGGGUUUCCAGAACAAGUUCUACAAUGCCAGUGCUAUAGCUCCAGAUUCAGCAUCAGCAGGUGGGCAGAAUGAGUACAGGAUCAAUGUGUCCAGUGAUACGCCGCACUGGUAUGUCAUGGACUACCUGACCCGAGUCAGUCAGUACUACGGCAUCCGUUCAGCCUCUGUGGACGACCUUGAUGAAUGUACAACAAAAGAGGCUCCGUGUUCAAAAUCAGCCCAGUGUGUCAACACCUACGGGGGCUACAGGUGUGUGUGCAAUGGCACUGAUCUAAAGGAGGAAUCACAGUCGUGCAUUUUUGACUGGAACAGUGUUAACCGCACAGACCUGACGGGUGCUCAGACUGCGGAGGAUAAGAAGUCAUUAAUUUUGGGGCUGGUCCUGGGCAUUGGUAUCCCCCUCCUGCUGCUGCUGUUGCUGGCGGCGCUUGCCUGCUUCUGCUGCUGCUCACGCAAGAAAACCAUCUCUGGGGAUAUUCCUCAUCUGCUGCCCGAGUACAUUCAGGAGCAGUUCAACCCUCCAUUCAACUUUGACGACCCCUCUCUGCACUACAUCACCCACGUCAGCCCACGUAUCCUUGAUAACCUCACUCCUCAACAGAAGCGCCGGUAUCGAUAACACAGGCCCUGUGUGGUUCAUGCAGCAUCAGUGCAGAUGUACAUUUGUGUUUAAAAGAAAUCCCAGUAUGAUAUUAUUUAUAUUAAACAGAGACCGCUGACUUUUUCGUCAUGUGUGAAAGUGAAAGAACACAUGCAAAACAAACAUGGAGCGAUCUGUGAGCAACAAGCUCUGCUGAAUUAUUACCUCUUGUAAAGAAAAUAAUGUAUAUAUGCAGUGUUCUCAUCAAAUUUCAACAAAAUUAUCAGUUGGCAUGCAUUAAUUGCACUUCUGUAGCACUGACCUUAAAAAACAAAGCUACCGUUUAAAGAUGUUUACGUAAGAGGAGAAACAUCUGAACAUUAGUUGCAGGUAUUGCUGCAAAUAUGGUUAAAUUUAGGGAAAUUAGGCACAUUUUUUGACCACUCAAAAAUGUAAAAGGUCUGGAUGCAUUUUAGUAGUAAGAAUUGUGGUAAAAUGUGCAUUAAUGUUAUGAAAUAAUGUCAAAUACCACAAAAAUUGUUCUGUAAUACAUUUUCCCCUUAGUUUGGGGGUGAAAUAUGGCAUUCUGCAUGGAAUUUUUUAUGGAAUUUAUGUCUCUGGUCAAAAUGUUCCUGUUGAAAUCAAAGCAACUGAAUGUAUGUAUGUUGUCUAGAAGCAAACAUAAGGCACCAUCAAACACUUUGUCUUAAAAUGCUUAGCAAUGAUUAUGAUAUUUCUACACC